CUUUAAACCUCUUUUUCCAUGUCGACCGCAAUUCCUUCUUCCUCGGCGCCCGCUACCUCGGAGCAGCCACAUGCUUCAUGGCCAAUCACUUCCUCUGCCGCGGUCUCAUCUAUGGCGCCCGUUAUCUCGGAGCCGCCCUCUUCCGGCGUUGCUAUAUCGCCUGGUCUUUCAUCACGAAUGCAGCUUCCGCCUCCUAACUCUUACAACAAUUUUAAUAUGCCGGAGCCAUUCACCUGGACAUCUACGAUCCCGUCGCUGCCUCCUCCACCAGUGCUGACCCCAUCUGCGUCGCCGGCUCGUGCUUCUUCCUCUGUCUUACCAGCUUUCUCUGGCCCGACGUGGACUGCAAAUCCAUUGCUUUCAACGUCUGAUCCGCUUCCCGUCUUCCGCACGGCAGCCACACCGGUAAACUCCAGUCCGCUUGCUCAAUUGUUUUCCCAGCUGUCUUUUUCGACACCUAACGUCACCAAUAUAGUCACAACACGCCUCGCCACCGUUGAGGAUUAUCUUUCGUGGCGUACGCAAUUUGAAUCGUUCUUGGUUUCUCAUGGAUUAAUCGGGAUUCUGGACGGCUCACUCUCGGCUCCGCCUGCUCUUAUUCGGGGUGCCACUAAUCCUGAUUAUACUUAUUGGCUGCGUAUUGAUCAAACCGUACGCUCAUGGCUUUUUGCUACUCUUUCCCGGGAUAUUUUAAUUGAAGUUCGGGAUCUCCAUUUUUCUGCUCCUAUUUGGGAGCGCUUGGAGACACGGUUUAUGGCCGAGAGCAUUGCUCGUGCUAUGGAACUCAAGCGCGGUUUGAAUAAUCUCAAAAAGAAAGAAUCUCAAAGCAUGGAUGAAUAUUUGAGGGAUAUCAAAAAUCUAGCUGAUUCACUCAACUCCAUUAAUUCCCCAGUGACCAAUCGAGAGCUCUUACUUGCCACAGUUCAAGGACUCGGCCCGGAGUACGAAUCCCUUAUCACUUCCAUCACAUUGUUCCCGGACAACUUCACUAUUGACAGUCUACGCCCACAGCUUCUGGCUCUUGAACAAAGAGCACUUUAUCUUCGUUCUCAGAACAUUCAUCCCGGUCACCAGGCCUUUGGUGCGGCAGAACAGGCCGCUGCAGCAGUUCAGCGCCCGGCUGGUCGUGGAGGUGACCAGCAAUUCCGCGGGAAUGGUGGUGGCCGCGGUUAUCGUGGAAAUAGCGGCAGGCAGCGCGGACACCGUGGCAGGGGGCGCGGUUAUGGAGGCCAGAAUCAUCAGCAGUACGCUGGCCAGCCUUACCAGCAGCUUCGUGGACCUCCCGUUCCGGGGUAUGGUGCACCUGGCUGGCAGAAUCCUCCUCCAGCUUUUGCUCCACGUGCACCACAUGCUCCUGGGUUUCAAGUUGAUAAUUUUCAGUCCCCCCCACCACCCAUAGUUUGUCAAAUAUGCUUCUCUCCUGGUCAUUCUGCUUUGGCCUGUCCUCGUUAUGUCAACCCGUCUGCUCCAGCUUUGGUGGCUCUUCCCACAGGCGAAUCAAAUGAAUCUGUAUGGUACCCUGAUUCUGGGGCUUCAGCUCACAUGACUCCAUCAGAAGGACAACCACACGGGGGCCAUCCUUCUUCAAGCAACCAAUAAAGACUGCGUUUAUCCCUUCACAGCUAUCCAUCAACCUGCCCCGUUUCUGACCUUCAAGACAGCACUUGUACCUGGUCCAGUUUGGCAUAAACGACUUGGUCAUUGUGGGGAUCGUAUUUUGUCUACACUUAGGAAAAAUAAUUUUAUUACUAGUUCUAGUUUAUUUUCGCAUAAAUGUGUGUCUUGUACGCUGGGCAAGUCCCACCGUCUUCCCUUUACAGAUGUUAUUCAUGG